AGGAAGAGCCAGAGGGGAGCCCAAACUGUGUUGUGAUAUGCUUAAAAUAAGUUAGAUUUAGUCUCCACGAAUAAGCAUGGGGAUUUGCUUCGGGCGGAAUACUCACCGACGAAUGACCGAUGAAGAUUCUUGCUACGAAGCUACAUCCUUGGCUGAGCCCAAUAGAAUAUGGAGAUAUAUCCCGAAAUGGCUUCAACGGAGACCGAAGUUCGUAAUCGGUUCGACGAAUCCUUACUCGAAUCUCGGUCAGGAGGAAGGCAGAGAUCGUGAAUUAUACAAUCCAGUCGUGGACGGUCGAGAAUUAUGGCCGCACGAAAGUCCCGACGUAUGGGCCGUACCUGCCGAUGAACCAGCGAACGAACGGGCUUCGAAUAAUAAUCUACGCAUAAAUUCGAAAGAAGCCAUUGCUUCAGGCUCGCACUCGUCGAUUGACCUCGAGUGGGAGAACGACGGAGUCUUACCGAGAACCUGCGACGUAUCUCAGAGAAGACCGUCUACGGAGCAUCAUGAGAGGAUGAGUUUGAAUUCUGUGACAUCGCAUAGAAGUCGGCAUUCGUCACUAUCGAACGACCUCGAAUGGGAUGAGGAUUUCGCUGACCCCUACACUUUCCAGUCUCUGCGAGUGGAUUUCGAUACGGAGCAGUUGAUAGCAGAAAUCGACAAAAUGACUGAGAAAGCGUUGAAAGAAACCGAACACGAAGAUAAAUCUCUCCCACCUUUCGAAUCUCUCGAUAGCAUGGCUAGUUUGUGAACCUCCUCCGAAAGCAAACUUCGCCUCCGGUGAUGCUCUGACGGCUGUCCGAGUUUUCCGACGCCCGAUGCCUACGAACGAGAUCUCUCGUCGAGCCCCCUCGUGGCCCCCCAGACACAUAACUUGUGACAAAGGGCUCAUCUAGAACCAAAACAAUGCAAGAUAAGUAUUGAAUUCUGAAGUGCUCAAGUUUGGGUACCUGGACCGACCGAGCGAGCGACUGCCGUACGAGUGGGCAAUGCGUCCGGUCGGGAGAGUGCUUGUGCCAAACCGUACGAAGUGAUAUCAUCAUAUCGAGUGUGAAUCGUGAACUUGAAGAUAAAUCGGAAAAUAUUCCGGGUCUUCAAGUCGGGGAUAGAUUAUCUACGCAUCAUACAGAACCCUCACAAUCCUCGAAAUUCUUCGACCCCGGCGGCAUCACAUUUCUACUUCUUAAAUUCGUUGCUCUUCCGAAACCUGUGUAUGUCGAACAUUUAUAAGAAUUGUACACAAGAGGUUGAGCAGUGUGCCCCGCCCAUCGAACCCUAGGUAUCAAAGAAUUCCCUACGAGCAGCGAUCCGUAGAAGCUGCGGAGAGAUAUAUGUAUUUUCUGAUUAUGCAAUAUUUUUUCACCAUGGCGAUCGUGCCGAACGUGAGAGAUUUAUAUUUGAGAGAGAGGAGGCGUGACAGAGAGAGAAAGACUACUGUAUUUUGUACUGUCAUGUGAGUUGGCCACAUUCCACUUCUUUCUAGAGAGGAGACAAAAUGACAGAGGUGCAUGAGUCGAUUGGAGACGGUGAGGUGAUAGAAAUUCCGACUUGUGAGCUCCUGUCGGCUCUUCGGAUUUGACUCAUAAUACAAUGCAUUUUUUAGCAUUCGAAAUGCUCGGCCAGAUGACUGACUCCAAGCUGCUUUGUCGCGGCGGAGUCCUGGGAACUCUCAGGGAGAGGUAUGCCGCGCCGUGUAAUCGAUGGAGCAUAUGUAAAAUGUUGUGCUAUGAGCUAGUCGCCAGAUCAUCU